AUGACGGUGGCGGAAACGGAGUUGCCGGUGGAGAGUGAAGCGUGGUGGAACGUUGAUCCGAAGGACGACCAAGAGACGAUGCAGUUAUUGGCGAAGUUUGAAGGGCUUUAUGAGAAACUGUGUGAAGUUGCUGUAGGAAGUAGCUAUGGAGCAAAUGGUGCGUCAACUUCGUCGUUUUCUCAAGUGAAUGAUAAUUCUCGUGGCUGCGAUUUUGAGUAG